AUGGUUGACCAUCUCUCAUUGCCAACGUUAAGACAUCCCAGUCCAUACCGCUUGCAAUGGCUCAAUGAGAGUGGCGAUAUCAAAGUCACCAAGCAAGUGGUGGUGUCUUUCCGGAUCGAAAAAUAUGAGGACGAGAUCCUUUGCAACGUCGUUCCCAUGCAAGCUUCGCACAUAUUGUUUGGACGGCCAUGGCAAUAUGACAAGAAGACUACUCAUGAUGGCUUUACCAACAAGUAUUCCUUCUUGCACCACAACAAGAAGAUGACACUUGUUCCUCUCACACCUGAGCAGGUGCAUGAAGACCAACUGCGAUUGCAACAGGAGCAUGAACUAGAGCUGGCUAAGAAGUCAACCGACUCCAAGGCAAUCAUUAAGGCACCGGUCGAGAGGACAUCUACCCCUGGAACAUCUGGUCGAGUGGAGAAACCGCCUAGCUUGCUUGCCAAGAACAGGAAAGUUCGCAAAUUACUUUUGUCCAAGCAAGUUGUCUAUGUUUUAUAUUGCAAAGAGGUGAUUUUACUUUCUCAUGAGGCACUCAAUGACUUACCUCCUGAAAUCUUUUCUUUGUUGCAGGAAUUUGAAGACGUUUUCCCAAACGAGAUCCCAAGUGGACUUCCACCACUCAGAGGGAUCGAGCACCAGAUCGAUUUCAUUCCUGGAGCAUCCUUGCCUAACAGACCGGCCUACAAGAUAGGUCCUGAGGAGACUAAGGAGAUCCAAUGGCAAGUAGAUGAACUCUUAGAGAAGGGUUGGGCUCGAGAGAGCAUGAGCCCAUGUGCAGUUUCAGCUAUCCUAGUUCCUAAGAAAGAAGUCAUUUUCACCAAGAUUGAUCUUAAGAGUGGCUACCAUCAAAUCCGAAUAAAGGAGAGGGACGAGUGGAAGACAGCAUUCAAGACUAAAUAUGGUAAAUUUGUUGUUGUUUAUUUUGACGACAUUCUGAUAUAUAGCAAGAGUCCUGAGGAACAUGUAGCACAUGUACGAGCUGUUCUUGAUGUAUUGCGCAGGGAGAGGUUAUUCGCUAACCUUAGCAAAUGUACUUUCUGCACUAAUGAGCUUGUUUUCCUUGGUUAUAAGGUUAGUGCACGGGGCAUUAGAGUGGACGAGAGCAAAGUCUAG